UUGAUCGCCGUUUUAAUCGUCUUCCUCUACACAUCGGGUCUUCUCGCCAUUCUUUACAUACUUAUCAAAGCCGGUCAAUUUGAUAAUGAAGCGCGGAUCAAUCAUCAGUCAACAGCAACAACCAAAGGAGCAAUACAAGAUUGCAAAUCUUCUUGUUCUGUUAUUGAAAUCAGGUUCUAG